UUUUUGCUCUAUGUCUUUAACGUCAUUGAAAAAUGAACGCAAGAUUAAUUUCUCUGUGAAAAUGUGAUAGUAUAUAAAUGUAAACAUAAACAGAAAUCAUGGUUAUAUUAUUUAAUUUUUGAUUAAAUGAAUAAAUCUUGAACUUUAUACUAAAGAAUGUCGGAUAUACAUGAUGGUCCAAUUUUCAUCGACGUGGGUGACGACGAACCUGCAGAAAUAUGUGUGGACUUUGCUGAUAAUUCUGAUCAAUUAAAUUCCGAUAGCAAAAGGAAAGAUUCAAAGAAAUACAAUGAUGUAUUUUUAAAUGUACAAAGCCGUAGACUCCGUUGUCCGGAAUGCAACAGAUACACUGCGGAGACAGAAGAGAAAAUUCAACGUCACAUAAAAAAAGUCCACCGAGGAGAAAACCCAUUUCAAUGUUGUAUGUGUGAAUAUAGUACAUACAAUAGUUCAGUAUUUGAAGAGCAUUUACGAGUACAUCAAGGUAUAAAACCAUACAAAUGUUCCAAAUGUCCGUACCGAAGUGUUUCUAAGAAGAAUACAAAGAAACACGAACUAAUACAUCGUCCAAAUAACCCGUUAAAGUGCACACAAUGUGAUUUCAUUGCGAGACACUCUCGUUCACUUCUUAAUCAUAUACGAAAGCAUGAUAUGGAGACUACAGUUACCGAGUUCAAAGUUGAAAAGGAUAUAGAAUGUAAAAGAUGUGAAUUUGUAGCACAUUCUAGAAAUGAAAUGUUACAGCACAAAGCUAAGAUGCACACUGAUGAAAGAAAAAGCAGAUAUCAAGAAGAUGCAUUCACUUGUGCAUUGUGCGGUUGGUCUUCUCGGAAUAGACCGAAGAUUCUUUUACAUAUAAUACACCAUCCGAAUCAAUACAUUGACGACUAUUAUAGAUGUUAG